AAUAACGGAAUUUUCCUUAAAUCCAUCAAAUCAAUCGCAGUCCUUUCAAAACUGCAUUUUUUUUCAAUAAAAAUCCUUUUUAACUCCCAAAAAUUCUUUUAAAAAUGAUCGUGGAUGAUCAAAGUGACGCCCUUUCCAAUCGCAUGCAAGAAUUCGAGGAAAAACUCGCACAACUUGAACAGGCAAUGUUGACAUUGUGCAGUAUUUUCAGUCGAACGGAGGAGAAAAUCGAUCGAGUUAUUCAACAAUUGAACCUUAUUCAUGAUCGCAUCGUGAAUCCACGCGAAAAUUUACAACACAGAGAUGUUGAAAUUGACAGCGAUGAAGAAUCCGAAGACGAUGAUAAGGAAAAUGACUCGGAUGGAGGAUCUGACUAUGAAACAGCCUCCGUUGAUCUGUCAGAUGAAGCUGAACGUUAGGAAAAGGCGAUAAACAGGAUUUAUGCCCGCAUUUUAACCAAUAAUUUUCAGUAAUUAUUGAAUUUUUCAUUUUUUUUAAAUUUAAAUUAUUAUUUUUUUUCAAAUAAAUAAUUCUCUUUCAACAAUGA